AUGCUUCUCAAAGCCUUGGGAUUGAAUGGAAGACCAAAACCAGUCUCUCCUGGCCCCGUACCAAACGCACUUUGGAAAAUCUUUGAGGCAGGAAUAGAUACAGAGAAUCCUUGUAGGAUUGAGGGCUUUCACGUUCCAGGGAACAUUGUGAGAUCCUACCGAGAUCAAGGACCUUUCAUCUCCAAUGAAGUACCACACAAGUCCUUGUGCUUCAAGAAACAUCUCUUCUUUGACCUUUCUGUAAUUGAGAAAAAGGAGCAGGUGACCUUUGGCCAACUUGAGAUCAAGUUCAAGCACAAUACAUAUCAUGGACACGAGUUCCAGCUUCGUUUGUACCGUCCACUCCAUAUGUCUUUAAAGGUAAUGCGAGACCACCAUACAAACAGGAAAAUUCUUUUUGCACAGUCCUUUCGUCUACUUCACAAGUCUCUUAAUUUCAAUCUGACAAAGGUAGCACAGGACUGGACCACCUCUGAGAACAAUAUGGGUCUAGUUAUGGAAAUAUUUGCAGGUGACGAAGAAACAGUUAACAAAUUGUCCCAACUGUGUGAACAAAUUCAUUCUUUUGUCCACAUCUCUCUGGUUACAGUAUCACUUGACGCUACUAGCUGCAAAGCCUCGAGAUCCAAAAGAAGUGCAGAGUCGUCAUUGCCAACUCCCAGUAACAUAUGCUCAAAAAGGCGUCUCUACAUUGACUUCAAGGAUGUUGGCUGGCAAAACUGGGUUAUUGCUCCACGAGGCUACAUGGCCAACUACUGUCAUGGAGAGUGCCCUUACCCACUGACAGAGAUGCUUAAAGGUACCAACCAUGCUGUGCUACAGACAUUGGUGCACUCUAUAGAGCCAGACAUCACACCACUCCCUUGUUGUGCUCCCACUAAGCUAUCACCCGUCGUCUCUAUGCUAUAUUAUGAUAACAAUGACAAUGUUGUGCUAAGACAUUAUGAGGACAUGGCUGUAGAUGAUUGUGGGUGCAAAUAA